UGUAGGCUGUUAACGAGAUGAUCGUAGCUGUUUUGUUGUCGUCAUUGAUUAUUUUUAAAUAAUUGUGUAAAACACUUAUUUUUGUUUAAGAAAUGGGUUUAUCACAGAGUUCAGAAACAUCUGAAGGAGGGACGUACGGAUAUCACGUGCACGGCGUGCAGCCUAAUUCCCCCGCAGAAAAGGCAGGACUGCAGCCUUUCUUCGACUUCAUUCUUUCUCUGGACAACAAAAGACUUAAUGAGGAUAAUGACCAGUUGAAGGAGCUCCUGAAAGCCAGCGUGGAGAAGGCAGUGAGGAUGGAGGUGUACAGCACUAAAACCACGAGGGUCCGUGAGCUGGACGUGGUGCCCAAUAACAUGUGGGGCGGCCAGGGGCUGCUGGGGGCCAGUGUUCGAUUCUGCAGCUACCAAGGAGCAAAUGAGAACAUUUGGCAUGUACUGGAUGUAGAAGCCAGCUCACCAGCAGCGCUGGCAGGACUUCAGCCCCACAGUGACUAUAUUGUUGGAGCAGAUCAGGUGUUGCAAGACUCAGAAGACUUCUUCUCGCUGAUUGAGGCCCAUGAGGGGAAGCCGCUGAAGCUGCUGGUGUACAACACACAAACGGAUACCUGCAGAGAGGUGAUGGUGACGCCCAACGGAGCGUGGGGAGGAGAGGGCAGCUUGGGUUGUGGCAUCGGUUAUGGAUACCUGCACCGCAUCCCUGCAAACCCUGACGUAUCGACGGUGAAGCCCGCCACCCCUGUUCCAGAAGAGGAACCGUCUCCACAGCAGCCACAGCACGGAUACUCAGAGGCACCUCUGAUGACGUCUUCAAGUCAAAGUGAAGAUUUGUUAGAUGUGGAGCAGAUCACCCUCCAAGAAGCGUCUCUGCCCCCUCCCAUUCAGAGGGUCAUGGACCCCGAUUCUGAAGUGACAGCAAUGAACCCUGAGCCCUCAGAUCUGAUGGACAAGCUGGACCUGUCCACCUCAUCCAUCGAUAUGACCAACACUUCACUGGCUAUGCAGGAGGAGAAGGAGAGUGAAAUGUCUGGCGUUGCAGAGCUGGGGGCCAGCGUCCUGCUCUCUUCAUCAGAGAACCAGGCUGAGCCGCUGGAGCCAGUCUCCCAGUCAGCCCAAGACCUCUCUGCUGCUCACGCCUCCCCUGAUACAGGUGGUCCUUCAGCAGAAACACCUCACCUGGUCUCAGAGUCUGCACAUCAUCACAGCUUCCUUAGUGAAGCCAGCAGCAGGGCAGCUGUACCUGAGGAGUCCCUCGUCUCUCCUGCAGACGAGCCUCCCUGCCCGUCUCCCGUCGACCUCGUCCCCAACGAGACGCAUGCAGACGGCUGCCCCACUCAGGCGGUCGAGGACACCCAGGAGUCGGUGUGUGAGUCUGCAGGGUCUGCUCAUCAGUGCGACCAUGAGCACGGCGAGGAAGAACCUGAGGAAACACAUUUGGACUGAGCUCCCAUCGGGCUGAACAGUUUGUACGAAAGAAACGGCCGACUCAACUACAACCAGUUACACUGCGCAACCAGUUACACUACACAACCAGUUACACUAUGAGAACAUACAGGUACUGCAGUAACGUCCUGUUAGUUUUGUAUGCAAACACUUUAAGUUACUGAUUGCUUAGACUCAUACAGGUCCUUCUCAAAAAAUUAGCAUAUU